UGGCGGUCUGCAGGACCAGGACCGCAUCUUUACGAACCUUUAUGGUCACCAUGGGGCGGAUCUCAAGUCUGCGAUGAAGUAUGGCGAUUGGCAUCGGACGAAGGAUAUUGUGUUGAAGGGGCAUGAUUGGGUGGGUAUCUCUUUUACCUCGGGGAUGUUGCUUUGUGUGGGGGGAUAAUGGGAUUGGGAGACAGAAGGAGAAGGGGAGACAAGCGAUGUGGGAGAGAAGUCGUGUGCUAAUGAGGGUAUCUGUUGCAGCUUAUUUCCGAAAUUAAGGCUUCCGGUCUUCGUGGUCGUGGUGGUGCUGGGUUUCCGUCGGGUUUGAAAUAUGUGAGUUCCUUCAUCCUUCAAUGCUUUUGGGGUAAACCGUGGAAAGAAAAGAGGGGAAAAGAAGAAGAAGAAUCUAAUAAUGUAGUCUUUCAUGAACUUCAAAGAUUGGGACAAGGACCCCCGACCCCGGUAUCUGGUCGUCAACGCGGACGAAGGCGAACCCGGAACGUGCAAGGACCGCGAGAUCAUGCGCAAGGACCCCCAGAAGCUGAUCGAAGGCUGUCUCGUCGUCGGACGGGCCAUGAACGCCAACGCGGCCUACAUCUACAUCCGUGGCGAGUUCUACCACGAGGCGACGGUGCUGCAGCGCGCCAUCAACGAGGCCUACGCCGCCGGACUCAUCGGCAAGAACGCCUGCGGAACCGGCUACGACUUCGACGUCUACGUGCACCGCGGCAUGGGCGCCUACAUCUGUGGUGAGGAGACCUCGCUGAUCGAGUCGAUCGAGGGCAAGGCCGGCAAGCCCCGCCUGAAGCCGCCCUUCCCCGCCGCGGUCGGUCUCUUCGGCUGCCCCAGCACCGUCACCAACGUCGAGACCGUCGCCGUCACCCCGACCAUCAUGCGCCGCGGACCCAACUGGUUCUCGCAGUUCGGCCGCGAGCGCAACGCCGGCACCAAGCUGUUCUGCAUCUCGGGCCACGUCAACAACCCCUGCACGGUCGAAGAGGAGAUGUCGAUCCCGCUGCGCGAGCUGAUCGAGAAGCACUGCGGCGGCGUCCGCGGCGGCUGGGACAACCUGCAGGCCAUCAUCCCCGGCGGCUCCUCCACGCCCGUGAUCCCCAAGUCCGUCUGCGACGACCAGCUCAUGGACUUCGACGCCCUCAAGGACAGCCAAACCGGUCUGGGCACGGCCGCCGUCGUCGUCAUGGACAAGUCCACCGACAUCGUCCGCGCCAUCUCCCGCCUCUCCACCUUCUACAAGCACGAGUCCUGCGGUCAGUGCACCCCCUGCCGCGAGGGCAGCAAGUGGACCAUGCAGAUGAUGCAGCGUCUCGAGACCGGCCGCGCCCGCGAGCGCGAGAUCGACAUGCUCCAGGAACUGACCAAGCAGGUCGAGGGCCACACCAUCUGCGCUCUGGGCGAGGCCUUCGCCUGGCCCAUCCAGGGCCUGAUCCGCCACUUCCGUCCCGAGCUCGAGGCCCGUAUCCGCGAGUACUCGGCCGAGAUCGGUCAGGGUGGUCCCUACGCUGGUGGAUGGCAGCCGGAGGCUCGUGCCGAGGGAAAGCUGAUCUCGCCGGGGAUGUAAAUUAAUUUUUUUCCUUAUUUUAUUUAUUCAUCAUUUUAUUCUUAAACUUGUUCGUUUAUUUACAGCCUUCGAGGAAAUUUAAAAAUUGAAAAAUGGAACUUGUCUAGGUGGUAGUGUAAGAGUGGGAGAUACUGUUUUUGUACUUUUUGGAUAGGACUUGUUUAGUAUCGCCGUCUUCUUUUCGGCACUGUUGUUAUUUUUACUGUUGUUGUUGUUGUUACCUUCUAUCGAAUCCGCCAUGUACAGAGUUAGAGUUCAAUUCCAGUUCAAUUCCAAUUCAGGUCCAUAUCAG